UAAAGUUAAAAAUUAAUUUAAUUUCCAUAAUUAAUAUUAAACAUGUACAGUUUAGUUAAUACUAAUUUUAACAGAACUUAUAACCCAAGUGGACGACAAAAUGCUUUAUCGGAUAUCAAAAAGCUGCUUACUUCCCGGGAUACAACUGCACAAAACAAGGCUUGUGGAUAUUUGAUCGAGGUCAUUAGCCGUUAUAACAAGAAUUCAAACGAAGGUGCUCGUAUGGUGGAGUACUUACUCGACAAUGACAUAACUGUGUUCCUAUGUGAAGCUACCUCAAACCUAGAUUUUACGCUGUUUAGAUCAAUCCUAUCAUGUCUCCGGCUUCUAUGGCGUUCUCAUCAGUUCUUUGCGGACGAGCACGCUGCGCACGCAAUGACAGCCGUGUUGCGUGCCCUAGCGCACUACGCAGGGAGUGGUUCCAAGCCUCCUGUGGACGCCUGCCUGCAUUUCUUGUGUGACUUGUUGAAUGGGGUGUCUGCGAACAAGACCACUCCACCUCUUUCACACCAAAGCGCUUACAGUGCUGUACAGCUGUUAGCUUGUCUAAACGCUCUAGCUACUCAUAUCAGUACAAAUCCAAAUACGAUUUUAUCAAGCGCUUUAGUGCUUCACGCGCUGAUUUCUUACCAACCGGAGAACUUGACCAUAAACACGAAUACAGCAUCAGCUUUACUGGAAGUUUUGAAGAAAUGGUUCAGCUUGCUUAUGGGGACGUUGAACCAUUCCAUGCUGGUGGGGGACAAUGGAAUUUCUGGAAUGUUCUACGUCGUCAUUUGUCAAAUUGGUCUGGAUGUCUUUGGACUAAUAAAACUGGUCGGUCGGGAUCGGAAAGCGGACUUUGUGCAGACGAUACUGAGCGAUGAUCACGAGAUAAAUGCUCUGAGGCAAUGUGCCGGACAUUUGGGAGAGGCGGUUAGGCUUGUGGUAGCUGAGCUCAUUUCGUUUACAAAGGAACAUCAAAACCAAAUCUCUACAGAAGAAUACAACGUAUUCCUAAAGUUAUUACUCAUAUUUUUCUACGACAAUAGAAACAAUGAGUACUUGAUAGAUUUCUGUGAUUUGCUAUUUUCGAAAGGAUAUCUCAUGAUGCUGCCACAGGUGCAAAUAAAUAGAAACGAUGUGUCCGUCCGUAAAGUAAGCACACUAGUGCUAGGAGAAAUGCUAAAAGUUCUAGCUGAAAAAUAUCUUAAUGUGAACGAUGUACAGAAUAGUGACACUUGUGCUAAGGAUAUUCACAUGGGCUUAGUAGAGCUACAAUAUGGAAUAGAGAAACCUCAUCGCAUUGGUUCUCAACUGCAGAAAAACCAACCUUAUAGUUUACUCAUUUACAUCUACUUCUACUGCCAGUCUUCAGAAAACCCAGAAGAAGCAACAGCACCACUUCUACCGUACCUAGUAGAGCAUAUUCUGAAACUGCCCAAAUCGUUCAAGCCACCUGCUUACAUUAUAAAGGCACUGUGGCUCGUAUUCGCAAUGUCAACAAUAUCGAAUGGCUCACUGGAAUCUCUAGGCGAGAGAGUGUACCUGGAGAAGGCGACGGAUCGUUUAAUAGCAAUGUUAUACCCAGACCCAUCGGUUUACUACACACAUAACCCCGCGAUAUUGCUUUGGGCUUUCACCUCGCAAAGGAUUUCGCAUUGUGUUAGGUUACAUGUGCUAUCCCAAUGGUUCAAAUCCGAAGACUCAUUACCAGCAGACCUUACAACCCAGCCAAUAGUUUGGGAACUUCUCUUGAACAUUUUGAUACAAUGCAAUGACAAAACUAUAGUGGCUAACUGUAUGGAAGCUCUCCACGUGUGUUUGGAAGACGGCGACGAUGACUCUAGGCAGGACUUCGCUGGACUGAUUUGGUCUAUGCUCCCUAAUGUCUUGUCUAAAGUCUUGAUAGACACUGAAUAUCAAAUAGACACAAACAUCUGCCACUUCUUAGACCUAGCAACAACUCUACCGCCUCUAGAAAUAGACCAAAUAGUGUGUCUAAAGACUGCGGUGCUUAUAACCGCUAUAUUCUCAAAGAAUCUUCCAGAACAUUGUGAAGAAAGCACUAAGCAUCAUUAUGAAUACGUUUGUUUGAAACUUGGUCUAUAUUUGCUGAGUUUGGCUAAUAGUCAGAAUGAUAAUCGAGUUCUCUUAACUUACACAAAUCGAGUAGGAUUUCUGCAAUCAGUACUUGCUGCAGCUGACAGUACAAAUGAAAACGUGGCUUGUGCAGCUUUGCAGCUUCUCUCUUACGUCAUUCACUACUUCACAAAGAAUAAUUAUCAGCCAAAAUCAGUGCUGCAGAUACAGACACACUUGAUUAUAAAGACUUUAAAACGGGACAGUACUAGUGAGAGAGGGGCUUCCUUGCUGCAAUUGGUGUAUAUGGUGCUAAAUACGGGAGCAUCAUCACCAUUAGCUUUGGCGUAUAGUGUGGAGGAACAACCGACUGUGAACAUGCAGUGUAAUGCGUUAAGAGCUCUGAUGUUGAGGAUACAACUGAUGCUUUGUUGUAGGGAUUCCAAAAACCAAUCAACAGCUGGCUGGAAGACCCUAAGCUCUAUAUUCAAACAUGCUAUAGUCACAAAGAACGAUACAAAAUUGAUAGCCACACUAACAUCCCAACCUUGGACGCACACAUUGAUACAAUUUCAACUAACGCAAGACUUAACACCAGAAUUUUUAACGUUCACACAAAAUUGGCUGACUUUGCUAAAAAUAACGAUAAAAAAGUGCCAAGAGAUGAACAAAAUGCAGCUUUGUAAGCAAAGUCUGGUGAUCAAAACGAUGGUGUUGAUGAAGAAGAAUUUGGUCAUAGAGGGCGCUUUGAAAGAAAUGAGCGAAAAGGUCCUGGUGAUUGUCGAUGACAUUUUAGAAGACGCUAAAGUUAAGUAUUAACUAUUUGUUGAUU